GAGUCUUGUGAAGCCACUUUCCCCCCCUUCGCCUUCCUUCGCCUCCGGGAGUGGCUGCAGAUCUGGGGGGGUCUCCGGAGUGGGGAGGAGCAGGUCCCUUCCGGAGGGGAAUCUGGGAAAAGCGCCACGUUUUGCGGACGACCGCUGCUCCCUUUUUGCCGACGUGGAACGACGGACGCUGCGCGCCCCGGAUAAUCCGAGUCCGGUAAACGUGGGGGCGAGGAAAGCAAGAGCCGGGCAAACACCCAGGUGCAUUCAGGAGAUUUGCCGCCUUUCGGAGCGAGUGCGUGGGAAAUGUCCACUGAGCAGGCCCCGCGGAUCCUCCAGGAAAAGAGCAUCCGGGAAUUCCUCCAGAGGAAACCAGGGGAAGAGAUCAAGCAGGAGUCACGCGAUGGCCUCCUUCAGCAGUGGGAAGCCCAGUGGCAGGAGUUCUUGAAGACGGUGGAGGCCUCUCAGCCCCCCGAGGAGCCCACGCCCUGGGACGAUGCCAAGGCCUUCCUGGCCUCUUUCGAGCAAGUGGCGGAAGCCUGCCACUGGCCACGCGAGGAGUGGGUGACCCGGCUGCUGCCGGCCCUCAGCGGAGAAGCCAAGUAUGCCUUCGGCAAGCUGGAGGGCCGGGACAGGAAGGAUUAUGGGAAGGUGAAGGCGGCCAUCUUGCAAGGAGACGCCAUCAGCCGGGAGAAGAACCGCCAGUACUUCCGGCACUUCCGCUACCAGGAGGCCGAGGGGCCGCGAGGGGUGUACAACCGGCUGCAGGAGCUCUGCCGACGGUGGCUGAAGGUGGAGAGGCACUCCAAGGAGCAGAUCCUGGAGCUGCUGAUCCUUGAGCAGUUCCUGACCGUCCUGCCGCCCGAGAUCCAGGGCUGGGUCAGGGAACGGGGGCCCGCAUCCUGCACCCAGGCAGUGGCCCUGGCCGAGGACUUCCUCUGGAUGCAACGGGAGUCUUUGAGAUGGGAGCAACAGGUGGCAACGGCAGGGGUUCCAUUGGCGGUGGCGGCCGUUCCGCUGGCCGAGGCGGAGCCAGCGGGGCCUGAUUCUGGAAAGAGGCAGCUGUGCAUGGUGGUGAAGCAGGAGAUGGAUGCCGUCAACAUCAGUGCACACGGUGACAUCCGACAGGGCGAGAACAGCGGGGAAAUCCUUGGGCUCCAGUUGCAAAGAGUUGAGCAGCAGAAGCUGGAGGAAAACUUUGGGAGCCAAGGCGGGCCGAGGCGGAGAACGAGAAACCACCAGGCCGAGAAGUGGAAGAAGCCCCCCAUUCCUUGCCCCGGUGGCGGGUUCCACAACGCCUCCAUCUCAGAAGAGAAGCCCAUCGAGAAGAGGAAGUACAAGUGCACCGUCUGUGGGAAGUUCUUCAGCUACAAGUCGAGCCUUAAAAUACACCUGAGAAUCCACACGGGGGAGAAGCCGUACAAAUGCCAGGAGUGCGGGAAGAGCUUUAUCCGGAGCGACCUCCUUGCGUCCCACCAGAGAAUCCACACAGGAGAGAAGCCAUACAGCUGCUCCUACUGCGGGAAGAGCUUUUGCGACCUGUCCACCCUUAUCAAACAUCGGAGAAUCCACACCGGGGAGAAGCCCUACGUGUGCCUGGAGUGCGGCAAGAGCUUCAGCCAAAAGGCGAUCCUGAAUUCACACCAGCGGAUCCACACAGGGGAGAAGCCGCACAAAUGCCUGGAGUGCGGGAACAGCUUCAGUCGGAGCACUUACCUUACUUCCCAUCAGAGAAUCCACAUGGGCGAGAGGACAUACAAAAACAUAGGGUUCUCUGAGCAGUCGGGCCUUAUUCACCCUCAGAGAAUCCACGUCGAGGAGAAACCCCAUAAAUGCCCGGAAUACAGCCCAAACUUCAGCCAGCCGUCGUCAUGCGCAACACAUCAGAAAAUUUACACGCUGAGCGACACUAUCAAUGUUUUUGAAUGUGGGGAGAAACUUCAACUGGAGGCGGCAUCUUAUGAGACUUCUGAGCGUCCUAGCAAUUAGCCUCAUGUCUGGUCGCCUACGGUGAUUUGAGCUUGCCUCCUGGCGACCAGGUGUGUUUCCCCUUCCAGCAGGGAUUAAAAGCCACAUCCUUUAUAAACGGCUGCACUGUAAAUGCUCCUUCAAUGGAGAAGCAGACAGGGCAGUGGGCAGAUUUUAUACCCUUUAGCAUUCUGUUUUGCAACUAGCUGUAGGGCUGCCAGGUUUGAGAGCAGAGGGAGGGGUGCCGAGUUCUCGUCGUUUCCCAGCCCCCCUUCCCUUCCCUUCCCCUGUGCUGGCAUUCCAAGUUACCAAGCAGAGGGAAAAGCCAUCCCAGCCUUUGCCCUUUGGUCGGCUUGAGUGUUCGAUCCGUCUCAAUCAAUUCAGCCAACUGACCUGUAAAAUAUUAGUCAGGUACAGUCAUACCUCUGGUUACGUUCGCUGUGGGUUGCGUACAUCACAGGUUACCGGAACGGGCUACUUCCGGGUCCGGCGAUGCGCCGAGUGACAUCAUGCGCAGAAGCACCAAAUUGCACGGUGAGCAUGCGCAGAUUGGGCACUUCAGGUUGCGUACUGCUCUGGAUGCAAAUGGGGCUCCGGAACGGAUCCCGUUCGCAUCCAGAGGUACCACUAUAUUGUCAGAUAAUGAUCAAGUAUUUGAAAAAUCUACAUUUCAUUAGAGCCCCCCCCCCUUUUAAUGGCUUUCCCCAACUCUCCAAAGUUACAGCUGUUGAGGACUGCAUUUCCUUGCAGAUAAUCUUUUUUUUUUUUUGAGGGGCGCACGCUGGUAUUGGAUGGGGGCAAAGAGCCAAAAGUUUGCAGGGUUGCAGAGCACUCUCUCUGCCACCUCAUUUCCCUCCCUCCCUCCCUCGUCCUUGUCCCCAGCUUCUGGUGUCCAGAGGUAGACUGCUGCAGCAUAUGGAGGCUCCAUUGGGGUCACCCACAUCCCAUAGAAAUUUUGCAGGCUUUCCCCGUCAUUUUUGGUCUACUUACUGGGAAAGCUUCUCUCUCAAUGCAGAAGACGAAGUGAUUCCAAGAAGGUUAGACUAGAGAGCAAAGACUAGAGUGGGUCCGCAGAGGGCCAGGUGCGUUGGGAUGAAUUGGGACGGAGGUUGCCGGGGCAAGAUGGUGUGGGAGUUUCAUGACGACAAGGCCCACAAGGCUUCUCUGCGUUGUGAGUUCGCCUUUCUGAGAGGCUGAAUUCUUAACCUCCCUUUUCUCUUAAGCUCCUAUAACGUCUUUGGUGGGGUGGAGGCGGCAGAGGGAGAGGGAGAAGCUCUUCCGCAGUUGAGAUCUUCCUGAACUGUAGGCUCCCCCUCCAUGAUGCCGUCGCAAUCACCAAUUCUCCCGAACUCCUAGCACAGGUAUGGCGACCCAUCGUCAUAUUCCCUUCUGAGCACUUCUUGAGGGGGCCAUGUUCCAGUGGUGCGUGGGGCCAGGCGCAAAAGGGGUGGAGCAACAAAUGGGGGGGAUACUUUUGUACAGUAGGCCGGUUUCCAAGCCCCUCCUAUCUUCCGCCAGGCCUGCAAGAAGCAUAACCGGAGUGCAGGAACACAUCCCAGCCAGGAAAAACCUCUCCAGGAGAGUACGAAGUGGGGGUCAGUGACGGGGUGGCAUAGGGAGAGGUCCGGGGGUUUGGAGGCCUGUGUUUGACUUCCAAACCCUCGCCAGCACCUUAGGGAUUCCUGUUUGCGACACCGAAGAACGGCUCAGAAUUUCUCUGCCUUAAAAAGAUUAUCUCCCUGAGUAUGGUAGCUGGGUGGGAGCUAUCUUGAGCCGUAAAAUGUGCCCCCACCAAGAAUGCUCACCCAUAGUUUUCAGAGACACGUCUUGAUUUCAGACACAUAAACAUGUGUUCAAGAGGACAGAUGGGUCCAGCCCAUAGCUGCCAAGUCUCCCCUAUUCCCCGGGAAACCCCCGUUUUUCCAGCUGUUCCCAGCCGGAAAAACGGAUUUUUUGUUUAUUCUGGCGCGGCGGCCAUUUUGGAACUGGGCGGAGCAUGCUCAGAAGCGACUUUUGAUGCUGCUUUGCCCAGUUCCAAAAUGGCGGCAGCACUACUUCCGGUCUGCUACUUCCGGUCCAGUCCCUUAUUUCUCAGGCCGGAACUUGGCAGGUAUGGUCCAGCCUUGUGUUUAACAUAAUGUGCCUGGUCGCCAUAGGUGAGCGCGAGCUCUGUGCAGGCGAGCAAGCAGGUUGGCGGAGGAGGAACGGCAUGCCCCCGCCCUUCUGUUAGCCUGCUUGGUUUCCAUCCUAGUUGCAGAGGGACAAAACACCUUUCUCCACACCAGCAUGGAAAUGCAGAAAGGGGGGGGGGGGUAUGGCAUGAUCUGCCCCUCCUCCACCAGCCCUCCUGGUUACAAAACACAUUAUAUUUUUUUUGCUAGCCUAAGAUGUUCCUAGGCGGUAUUUGCAUCUUGACUGUGGAGGAAAUGGAGAGCAGGCUUGGGAUUUUUGUGUGUGUGUGUUUUGCUUUUUCCCGGGCUAACGGUUGUAGUGGGGCUUAGUCAGAUCCUGACAUAAUUAUUUUAAGUUCACUAUUCGAUUGUCAAUUCAUGUUUAUCUUGGCAACUGCAGUAGAUGUUCUUUUGAGGGAGCUGUUUCUCAUCAAGCUUGAAGUUUGCCGAACGGCAAAGAAUUUGAUCUCCGACAACUGGUUUGCCCCAAGUGGACUUGGACCUUUUGAGGUCAGGAGCAGUUCUUCGCAAACCUCAUUUUGGAAAAACUCGGCACCCAUCAAGUCAACCUGUAACGCUGUUCAGACUUUUUGGAGGUUUAAAUUUUAUUAAAAGGCAACUUUUGCUUUUGUUGUUGUUGUUUAAAUGCUUUCCUAUUGUCGAAACUUUUGUGUUUUUCAAAUAGUUUUUAAAAAUGUACUUUUUUCUAAAAACAAAAAACCCUGUUUUUAAAAAGGUUUUAUUAAGUUUGUAACCUAAACUGCUUUCAGUGCGAGAAUUGAGAUGUGUGUGAUAUUUUAAAUAAGGUAAAUAAAAUCCCCUGGGUCUAGAGAUCUGUGUGAUUAUGGUGGUGGUGUUUUAGAUAUUAAAGAUAAUGCUGAAUUCUCUUUUGCUUUCUGCUUGAUGUAAUGUGCAAUUAUAUGCAGAACUGUCAUAGCUUCCUAUGUUCCUAAUUUCAAGGAGAGAAGAUAAGAGCAGCAGUGUUAUUGGGGUGCCUCAUAUUUGAGCAGAUGGGGGGUGAGGCGUGCCCCUUCUCACUACUGGCUAUUUUUUGCUUUUUUAAAGGGACCUCUGGUACUUUGAGACUUAGGGUAGUCAAAAAGCAAAAAUGGGGUUUAUUUUACAACAAAAUGGGCAAAACGAAAGGUGUGUCAGGAGAUGGAAUCAUUUCAAGAAGCAGUAAACAUUAGAUAGAUAGAUAGAUAGAUAGAUAGAUAGAUAGAUAGAUAGAUAGAUAGAU